CGUCGUUUAGCUUUGUUCUCAUAUUCCAGCAUAAAUUUUAUUGAAAAACUAGGGCUUGUGUUCUCUGAUUUCUCGAUUUCUUGAGAGGAAAGAAAAGGAGAUUAUAUACAGUCUGAAACAGCAUCUUAGUACGUUAUUUUGCCCGACUCUCUCUCUCUCUCUCUCUGAUUCGAAUCACCAUGACGAAACAACAAGCAAACUGGUCUCCUUACGACAACAAUGGAGGAACUUGCGUAGCUAUCGCAGGAGCUGAUUACUGUGUGAUUGCAGCUGACACUCGAAUGUCCACGGGCUACAGUAUCCUCACUCGCGAUUACUCCAAAAUUAGUAAAUUAGCGGACAAAUCCAUGAUGGCUUCUUCAGGUUUUCAGGCUGAUGUGAGGGCUCUGCAAAAGCUAUUGGCAGCUAGGCACUCGAUCUAUCAGCAUCAACACAACAAGCAGAUGAGCUGCCCUGCAAUGGCUCAACUGCUCUCGAACACCCUGUACUACAAACGUUUUUUCCCAUACUAUGCUUUCAAUGUUCUAGGUGGCCUCGAUAAUGAAGGGAAGGGUUGUGUCUUCACAUAUGAUGCUGUUGGAUCCUAUGAGAGGGUUGGAUACAGUUCCCAAGGUUCUGGUGCCACGCUCAUCACCCCUUUUUUGGACAACCAACUGAAGUCUCCAAGUCCGCUUUUGUUACCUGCCCAGGAUGCUGUUACUCCUCUGUCAGAAUCAGAAGCCAUUGAUUUGGUGAAGACUUGUUUUGUAUCAGCAACAGAAAGGGAUAUAUACACUGGAGACAAGCUGGAAAUAGUCAUCCUAAAUGCUGAUGGUAUUUGUCGUGAAUACAUGGACCUCAGGAAAGAUUGAUCUUUCUCUAACAUGGUGUUGCUGCUGCUGUCAAAGUUGGAACGGGAUUUCGGAAUGCUCAACAUGCAUAUCUAGGGUCACUACUGGGAUGAUCCUUUCAUUGUUCUCUUGGGCCAUCUAAUCGUCGAUUGGUUUUUCAUUGAACACCGUUUGCACUUUGGACUACCACAUCUCCUGGUCAUUGGAAACUUUGCAAUUAUGACUUCUGCACUGGAAAUUUAGCUCUCGUGAUUUGGUAUGAGAUCUUCAGAUUUGUAUUUUGAAUCAUAAUCCAAGGUUUACUUCAAAAUCAGGUUUGUUACUGUGGAAAUUAGCUUUGAAAAUGUUUGCAGGGAAUUCCUCCCUUUGCCUACACCACACCCUCCCAUAAAAACCUUAUAAAAAGUAGUGCGGCAUCUUCUCUACUAA